AUGAGUUCUUACAAUACAUUCAGUCAGACCUCUUCUAGUUAUUUAGAGCUUCUCAACAGUCAAGAAGAGUCUCUUAACCAAGAUGGUGCUUAUGAAAUACCUCCUUCGAGCUCUCAACAAUCCCAGGAUGAACCUCUUUCUCAAGAUACACCUGUCAAAAAGGAUAGGAAGAAAUGGAAUCCGGCUGACGAUGAAACUCUUAUCAGUGCAUGGCUGAACACUUCAAAGGAUCCGGUGAUUGCAAAUCAACAAAAGGGAGGGAGCUUUUGGCAAAGGGUUAACAAAUACUACGCAGAAACUCCUCACGCCAUAGCCAAAGGUGAAAACGAGAUGAACAUAAACUGUAAGCAGAGGUGGUUUAGGAUCAACGAGUUCACUAACAAGUUCUGCGGGGCUUACGCAGCUGCAGAGAGAGUAAACAGUAGUGGACACUCUGAGAACGAUGUGCUGAAGAUGGCUCACAACAUCUACUUCUCUGAAUAUAAGAUGAAGUUUACAAUGGAGCAUUGCUGGUGUUUGUUAAGGUUUGAGCAGAAAUGGCUGAACCUUAACGCUAUUAACAACCCUUCAACUUCAGUUAGAGCAAAGAGGAAACCAGUUGCUGUAGCUUCACAAUCCAAGUCAGGUUCACAAUCCGAGGCAGCUUCACAAUCCGAGUCAACCCACACUGAGCAAGACUUUGAGAUAAGGCCUGAAGGUAUCAAGGCUGCAAAGGCGAAGAGGAACACUGCCCAAGAGAAGAGGAACACUGCCCAGGGGAAGGCUCUAGCUGAGUACAAGAGCAUGUGGGAAGUAAAGAAGGUGGAUAUGGCUGAAAAAGAGAAGCUACAGAAGCUUGGCAUACUAGACACACUUCUUGCCAAACUAGAGCCACUUAGUGAAGCUGAUCAACUUAUCAAGGAUAAGAUAGUGGCUCAGUAUUUCUGA